AAGGAGACAGCCAUGAAUGAGCCACUAGACGAUUUUGCAAAUGCUUCUGAGUUCCCCGAUUAUGCAGAUGCUCUUGGAAAUUGCACUGAUGAAAAAAUCGCACUCAAGAGGCACUACCUCCCUGUUAUUUAUAGCAUCGUCUUCCUGGUGGGCUUUCCCGGCAAUGCAGUAGCUAUUUCCACGUACAUCUUCAAAAUGCGGCCCUGGAGAAGCAGCACCAUCAUCAUGCUGAACCUGGCCUGCACAGACCUUCUGUACCUCACCAGCCUCCCUUUCCUCAUUCACUACUACGCUAGUGGCGAAAACUGGAUCUUUGGCGAUUUCAUGUGCAAGUUUAUCCGCUUCGGCUUCCAUUUCAACCUGUACAGCAGCAUCCUCUUCCUCACCUGUUUCAGCAUCUUCCGCUACUUUGUCGUCAUUCACCCGAUGAGCUGCUUCUCCAUUCACAAAACUCGAUGGGCGGUGGUGGCCUGUGCGGUCGUGUGGAUCAUUUCUCUGGUGGCCGUCAUUCCCAUAUCCUUCCUGAUCACGUCAACCACCAGGACCAACAGAUCCUCCUGCCUUGACCUCACCAGUUCGGAUGACCUCACAACUAUCAAAUGGUACAAUCUAAUUUUGACCGCGACCACUUUCUGCCUCCCCUUGGUGAUCGUUACACUUUGCUAUACAAUGAUUAUCUACACUCUGACCCAAGGACCUCGGACUCACAGCUGCCUGAAGCAGAAAGCUCGAAGGCUCACCAUUCUGCUGCUCCUUGUGUUUUAUAUAUGCUUUCUACCUUUCCAUAUCUUGAGGCUCAUUCGGAUUGAAUCUCGCCUGCUUUCAAUCAGCUGCUCCGUUGAGAAUCAGAUCCAUGGGGCGUACAUCGUUUCUAAACCGUUAGCUGCCCUGAACACCUUUGGUAACCUGUUGCUGUAUGUGGUGGUCAGCAACAACUUUCAGCAGGCCGUCAGCUCCAUGGUGAGGUGCAAAGCAAGUGCGGACCUAGAGCAAGGAAAGAAAGUCAGCCACUCAAACAAGCCUUAAAAUACUCCAUGUUCUCAGCCAGAAAGAAAUGCUGGUACCUUUCCUAUAACUUCUAAGAAGUCCAGACUAUCUCCCUCAGUGGAACUCUUGCUAAAUAUUGUGCCAAAGCCAGGGCAGGGCUGCUGGGGGCUCUUUCCAGUCUGUUUAUUGAGGUCCUCCCUUGGGUGAAUAUAAGAAUGGAUACAUGCUUUUCAGUGAAGUAAUCAGAUGUAGAAUUGGAACUACUGGAACUCAGGGCCACCUGGGAGAGCACCUAGUCUCACCAACUUUUAUAUAUAUAUAUAUAUAUAUAUAUAAUGUAUAAUUUAUAAAAUUAUAUGUAUGUAGAUAUUUAGAUUGAAGUUCACCAGCUUGUCUAGAUCUCUCAGUAAGUUAAUGCCAAGAUAAGAGACAGCCAAUCUUUUUAUUCAUAGUUUCUUGCUUCUUUAUUCUCAGGUCUGUUCCAGAGAUUGAGCCCCUAAAGUACUCAAGGCAUUAUUUGUAUAUUUUUCAAUAUUCGAAUUUUAAAAAUUUUUAUAUCUUCAAAAUUUUUUCUGACUUUGCUUUGAGAUUAUUAAACUGUGUUUUUCACUAGGCUUUAGUCAGUUUUGUUGAUUAAAGCAAGCCAGUAUGAUACACUUGAGACAAUUCAAACAUGUCCACACAAAUAGCCAAAAUUAAUACCUGCAAGAUAUUUGGAGUAUUAUGUCUUUAUUGUUGUAAAUUGUUUUAAAAAUUGUUAUUGGAUUUAUAAAAAUUGUCAAGUUGUACUAGUAAUUAUCAACAUGUCCUAGGGAAGGAGAGAGCACUUUUUGGGGGAACAGAAGUACUUUUAAAUAUAAUGUGUAGAUUGGAUAUUAAAUAAAAUCUAACAUUGUUUUGAUUUCUGUGAGAAAAUAUUCCAGGAAGCACUGAUUCUCUUUCGAUACCUUCUCUUUUGUGCCUCUCUUGGAAAUACGUUCUCUAUUGUAACAGCUAAAGCAGUUUUUGAACUGUGUAUUUAAUUAUCAGUAAAUGUAAAUAUUUGAGAAAAUUCCUAGUCUGGAUAUUCAAAACCGUGGUAAAUGUGUUGAUACAGUUAAUAAAC